GAAAUAUGGGUCAUUUAGUUAUAAGUAUAUAGACGUACCAGUAGGUUAUGGGUGUUCGUUUUAGGUUAUGUAGUUCCUCUUUUCUGUAUAUACUGUUGCAGAAAAAAUUGGUAAAGUAGACUAUUUCCAGUUUUUGAAAUGGGGAAAUCAGGCUAUAAGAGAUUUAAGAAGCAAGAAAAGGCAAAGGUGAAGCUGAAAGGAAAGAAAACAUUGCUCCCUAAAGGUCAGAAUGUGACAAAUACAACCUUUAAAGUGAAGAAAAUUAUUGUUAAAGAGCAGUUGAAAGAUCACGGCGAACAUGAAUUACUCUCUAAAAAACAUCUCAACAUCAAGGAGCUGAUCUCUCGACUGAGUCACCAUAACAUGAAAAUGCGGCAGGAAGCAUUGUCUGGUCUACGGGAGCUGAUUAUCACCCACGGACCGCAAUCCAUCCAAUCGAAUUUCACAUCUCUGCUGCAAGCAGCCAUGCCACUCUCUCUUGAUCUGGAGUCUGAUGUGCGGAAAGAUGUCAUCAAAUUACUCUCUGUCAUAUUUGAAAGGAUGACAGAAGAGCAACUCACUCCCCUGUUCCGUACCAUAGUCCUGCACCUGACAUGUGCAAUGACUCACAUAGAUCCCAGUGUACGAGCUGACUCUCUACGACUCAUAGAUGUGAUGUUAGAAGCGGAGCCGUCCCUCACAGCAGUGUACACAGCCGCCCUGAUGCCUCACUUCCUGAAUCUAAUCUCUCGGAGGGGUGACGGUGAUGGUUGGGGGCGCGCUCUUUCUCUCCACCUUGAUGGGCAAAUCACCUCCGAGAAGUGGCGCGGCAGAGUUAUUGGACGGCUCAAUAGACUGUUUGCUGCUAUUCUGGAACAUGUUAGGAAAGUAAUGGCUCCAACUCCUCCUCGCGCUGUUGAAUGGGACCCAAACAAACGCAUUUACCUAAAUCUCUACUACCCGAUUUUCACCAAACGCAACACUGCAGUUGAUCUUACUAACCUACCAAUACAGGAAUAUGCUAACACGUUGAUGCCACUUUUGUUGGAUACAUUCAUUGAAGCAGUGCCUAAACGUGAUCAGGAAGAUUCUCAAACUGCCUGUGUUGUGGGAGUGGAGAUGGCAGCACUGCUUCAAAGUAUAGUCCAGAUAAUACUUCACUUGCGGAGUCUUGUCAAACACUGCUUUCGGAAUAGGUCCGAGUCUCAGAAAGGAUGGUUCCGGCAGACAUGGGGGGAACAGGUGGUGACUAGGCUGGUGAAAGCAAGAUUCCCGUACUCGAUUUCUAAAGCCAACUCCAACAAACGGAAACGAGAAUCCAAGCAGGUGUUGGAUGCCCUGCAAGUCUCAUGGGACCAGGAUCCUUCGUGUCGUCUGCUCAACACACAGUUGUGUCUACUAACGUUCCUAUUUUCUCAGCCCAGUGAAUUGUGGACAAAGUGUGUCCAGUAUAUCAAAAAUACCCUGAGGAAUGCAAGGCGACUGCAGACAGAGGAGAGUGAGUUGCUGUGUGAGUGUCUGGAGGCGGUGUCAGACCAGCCGUCCUCGUCUGCUGCUUCCUCCCUCCUGGAAGCAGUGUGCAAGUCGGGUCUCACCUCAGAUCAACGUGUUUUUGACUUUCUCACCCGAAUAGCGUGUAUGCCCACACACCAUCUUCACACAGACAACAACUUCACCACUUGGUUAGACUCCCUACCCGCUCUGCUGUGCAAGCCGGUGGUUCCUCUGUCCACAAUACGCAAUAUUGCUUCCAUUGCCACGCACAUCCACCCUGCAUUCUGCAACAGUCUUGAUGGCUGGUACGAGCAAAUCAUCUGUAAAUUGCCUAAAAUGGAAGUGACAGGAGACGAGAAUAACGAGGGCCGCAGAAUGGUGGUAGGGCUGGCCUAUCGUGUCAAUGACUGGGAUCUAGAGAUGAUGCACAAUGUGAGAGAGAUAAUAGUGCAAGGCACUCUCGGCCCUGAUCUCACCAGAUAUCUCAAGGAAAUUCUCUGGUUAAAAUCUGAAGACACCUACAAUGUUGAACUUAAAACAAUGCUACAGGAACUUUUACAAUUAUUGUAGCAGAUUUCCUGCAAUAGAUUUAGAUAUCUUUUGUUGAUUAAAAUUUUAAUUUUUUUAUGUCUAAA